AAAGAAAAGGACUCUUGCGGUCCUGCCCCUUUCGUCUCUUCGCCGCCCCCCCGCGCGGCGGGUGAAUGCCGAUGGUUGCGGCCUCGCCAGAGAAGCUCCACUGCGGCGACGCGGGGUCAGGUGACAAAGAAAAGGAGGUGGCGGGGAGGGAUGAUGCCGAGGUUAUGUCGCCGCAGCUCUCGGAUGAGCUGUUGCGGGAGAAGGCGCAGCGCAUCCAGGUCAUGCUCACCAGAGGCAUGUCCGAACGCCUCCCUGACCGCGGCAAGAAGCUACUCGCCACACUUGAUGCCAUCCACCGGGAGCAAGACCGCCGCCAGGCCCGAGGCGACGGGGCACGAGCGCCGGGUAAUGAAGCAUGUGAAAGGAUAGUCCGAUCAAGGUGUAUUGAAUCAUCUGGUUUGCAUAGUGACCUCAGUAGAGUUAAAGUAUCAGUGGCUGAUUUCAUGUCUUCAUUUGGAGCGGAUAAAGAGGCAGGCAUCAAAAUAUCUAGUUUGGAAAUAAAAGGUAGGAGCCCAAACAAGCCUAGCACUUCGAUAGAAAACAAGGGGAAGUUAUGUGAAGAGAAAGACUCUUGUGAAGCCUCUUCACAACAAAUGAAUUCAGUUCAUGAAGAGUUGCAUCUGGACACCUCAGAGAACAUGCGGAAGACAUCUUCUGAUGUUGGCGCUAGCAACAAUGGCAACAAUGUAAUGUGGGAAGAGGUUCCCACACCCUCUCGUAAAAGGAAAGGAGCCGAUCCAGUUAGUUUUUCAAUGCGACUGAGACCAAGAAAGGAAGAGGUUGUUCUUUUGGAUGGAGAUACACCCCAUCCAGAAUCUGCUAAGGAAACAUCCAAUAACUGGGAUGCAGGGAAGCUAUACUAUCCUUCAAGGGAACACCUUUGUUCUGUUGAGAUUGCUUCUGAUGACAUCAGAUGUUUCCAGCCUGAAUCAUUGCUGUCCUCACCUAUAAUGAACUUUUACAUCAUGUAUCUACAGGGACCAAUGUCAUCAAUUAUUAGAUCAAGAGGCGAGUACCAUAUUUUUAACACGUACUUCUUUAGCAAACUAGAAGCCAUAGCAACAAAGAAGGACAAGAUCACUUAUUUUUUGAAAUUGAGAAGAUGGUGGAAGGGUGUAGAUAUAUUUCAAAUGGCAUAUAUAUUGAUGCCUGUGCAUGCAGAAUUUCUCAAAGAAGAAUGGAACUACCUAAAUGAGAACAUUUCAUCGAAAGAAUGUCCCUUACGAGAAACAGUGUGGAAGAAUCUUCCUCGUAAAGUAGAAAAGAAAAUAGUUGAGGUGCCACAGCAGCAAAAUGAUUACGAUUGUGGCCUGUUUGUGCUGUACUAUAUGCAGCGGUUUAUUCAGGAGGCGCCUGAAAGGUUUCGGAAGAAAGACUAUUCUAUGUUUGGCAAACGGUGGUUCAGACCUGAAGAGCCAUCUCAGCUUAGAGACCAAAUUCGCCACUUAAUCCACUCGUGCAGAGAAACUGAGCUAACGAAGGAUGCAACAGCGUCGUCUGGGGAGGGCCAACCCAAGAUUGGUAAUGAUGGGACGGAUCCGAGCGAUGCCUCUGAGCCAAAAACGCCGAAGCAUUUGAGCGAGUAAUGCCGCAGAACUGGGUAAUUGCUGAUUCUGGAUGUUGCUGUAGAGAGGACGGGACAGCAUAGUAGUUUCUAGGUCGUGCUACAUAUGCAGAAAGUUGAGGGUGCAUGUAUAUCUGUGUAGCCCUAGUGGUCCGGAAGAUGUGUAAAGUGGCGAAACUGGUAGUCAGGUUGCUUUGCGAGACUUCCACAACGGCUACUGGGCGACUUGUCAAUGCCAUCAUUUUCUUAUGU